AUGGCGCCAAUCAAAACGCAAUGGACUCGUCUCAUUCGCUUUGUCGCCGUUGAGACUGGGCGAGUGCAUAUUGGCCAGCCUGUCGACCCAAACCUCGAUGUCGGCCUCGCUACUGCCCACGGGAAGCCCAUCCGGGCUUUCGAGAUCGUCGGGUCCGCGUUGGACCUCUCAGCGCAAGUCACCAACACCGCUCUCACCGUGAGGACACUCCUCAGCCCACUUUCCAAUGAGGAGAUCAAAGUCGUGCGAUGCCUGGGGUUGAACUAUUCCGACCAUGCCGCCGAAGCUAAACUUGCCAAACCUGCCUUCCCAAUCCUCUUCUACAAACCCCUUACCUCUCUGCUCGGUCCUCUCGGAACAGUCGUCAUCCCGCGCGCAGCGCAACCUGUGAAGGAGCACCUGCCGGACUACGAAGUCGAGCUUGUCAUCGUCAUUGGAAAGUCCGCAAAGGACGUCUCCGAAGCCGACGCGCUCAAUUAUGUCCUAGGGUAUACCGGUGCGAACGACGUCUCGUUCCGGAAGCACCAGAUGGCCGUGUCGCAAUGGGGUUUCAGCAAGAGUUUUGAUAACACGAACCCCCUCGGCCCAUGUUUGGUCUCGAGCAGUGUGAUUAAGGACCCACAGGAUGUCCAAUUGAAGUGCACAUUAAAUGGUGUGAUUGUUCAGGAUGGGACAACUGCAGAACAAAUCUUCAACGUCCGCCAAACUGUGGCCUUCCUCUCGCAAGGCACGACCCUCGAACCAGGUACGAUCAUCCUCACCGGCACACCGAAAGGUGUUGGCUUCGUCAAAAGUCCGCCUCUCUACCUCAAGGACGGCGAUAAAAUGUCUGUCUGGCUGAGCGGUGGAAUUGGCACGCUUGUCAAUGACGUUAAGGAAGAGAGGACGGGCAUAAAAGCCAAGUUGUGA